CUCUGAAUCUUUUCUUAGUCUCCAGAAUGAUUGACACUCUGAUAAUAGAUCAUUGCAUCAUUUCCUGAUUCGCGAUCGAGUUAAGCAACUAUCGUACAUAUCAAUGAUAAAAGUGUAAAAAGUGCAACGAUAUGAACCAGUUUAAUGAGAAAAAUGUAAUCUAUGACGUACAUGUGCAGGUCUAUAUGUGUAUAGACUCCAAAGACCGGAUAAAUUUAUAUGUGUUGCCGCAAGAUUAAUAUUGAUUUCCUGCAUUCCCUAUAAAAGACUAAUAUACAUUCAUGAAAAUACAAUCGAACAACAAGCGCAAAAGACAAAUAAAAUUUAUCAUCGGAUGAGAAGAGACCGCAUGUCAAAUUAUCAACUAUUCGAUAAUUUUGUGGAAAAUUAAGACAAAAGUGAUAACGCGAAAUAUAUAUAUAUAUUUUUUUUUUAAAUUAGGAUAAUGACUUAUAUAAGGAAUUGUGUUAGCGAUAAAUAUCCGCGUCUUUUGAGUUCUAUUUGACUGAUAAAUUGCGACACCGUCAAGAUAAUAAUUGGGCACACAAGAUAGCGAAGAAAAAAUUUCCAAUAAAGCAUUUUGUACAAAGCUUGCUAUUCGAAGGAGCUUUCAGUCUCCCGAAAUCUUGAUCGUUCAUGGACAGAGUCAUGUCAAGGUCAUGAACAGCUCGACUCCCUUUCGUACGAACAGCGACGCAUCUCCGAGCCCUCUGCAUUCGCCUUCCUGUCAGCGUGAUGAGGCUACCCCGUCGACCUCGAGAGGGAGAAGUAUCGGUUCCAUUAUCACUCUCGGCGAAUCAACCUUCGAUAGUCUCGCAUUGGAUGUUUCCUACGCCGGUCUGGACGUAUCCGGAAACGAUUUUGUUGACUCUGGCAGUAAGCGAACGAGACUAAAAGAUACAUCGCGAGAGAAUGCGUCGGAUUCGCCGCAAUUUUGGGAAGAUAUUGGGGUGGUUGACUAUCUCGAUAGGAAACUGGGCCCUCCCGACGAGAGCACACCGGAAGAACGUGUUGAGACGCUAAGGGAGAUCCUCACCGAGAGGACAGACAUUCACGAGGGUGACGGCAAUCUCUCGGAUUUCCUCUUUCACGUCGCGCGGACUAAACACGGCAAGAUCUACAUAAGAGUUAUCCGGACUCUGCUGUUGAACAGAGUCUUAUGUAGCAACCGGGUGAGCCAAAUGACCAAGACCUAUAAUGACAUAGAGGCAGUUACAAGGCUUCUGGAGGAGAAAGAAAAAGACUUAGAGCUGACAGCGCGUAUCGGCAAAGAACUGCUGGCACACAAUCAGAAGCUCGAGAGUACAGUAAACGCGUUAGAAGCUGAACUCAAGGAAGCAAACGAGAAGAUAACCCAGUUGAAUCAUGAGGUGUUGAAGAAGACUGAGCUGAUCCAGAUACUAACGAAUGAUGUGGACGAAUCUAGUUCGGAGGCCGGAACUCCCACCGGCCUUCGUGGAAUUAAUUUGGAGAUGCUGCAGAGGAAGGUUGGUUCUCUGGAGGAGGAAAACAAGCAGCUACGAAGCGAAUUUGCCAAACUGGUGCACGAAACUGACAAUUCCGAGGCACAGGAGGCACGUCUCGUAGAAAACAUAGCAGCGCAAUUAGCAAGUGCUAACAUGGAGGUGGACGGUAUAGCGGAGGAGCUCGGUCGCCAAAAGGAGGAGAAUCGACUGCAGCAUGAACAAAUAGUCAGUCUUACUGCUAAAUUAGCUGAAACGGAGCUCAGGCUCGCUCAGCUUAUGGCGGAGCAUGAUGAGGUGGGAACGACUCUAGUCAUUACUAGGGAUAAUCAAAAUACACUUGCUAGUGAACUAGCCGAAUUUAAGGAGCGAUAUGCAGAGGUGGUAAACCUUCUAGCCGAAACUCAGGAACAAUUGCGAAAACAAAGGAAACGUGGGAUGCCGACUGUACGCGGUGGAUCGCUGUUUCCGUCGAUGGGUGCAGCGCCUCAACCGGAUUCUAUCGCUUCGGAAUUGGAAUCGUCUCUAUAUUCGGAAUUUAGUCUUGAUUCUGGAAUCAGUACAGGCGACAGAAUAUCAACAUACAAGAAGGUAUUUGAAACCGUUCGUAAUGCAUCCCGAGCGUCGUACGCGGGUAUGGAUCCAAAUCAAUUCCCUAGGUUAGGCUCUAUGACGACGUCUACCUUAUCCAGCAGUUCUGCUGGUCCGCGGAUGAGUUGUGGACAAAUACGACCGCAGGCGUCUACGUUUCCUAGCUUGGAUUCCACCGGUAACAGUGAGAGUGAAGGUUCUUUACUUGCCGAGUCGGAAGAUUAUCCAGGACCGCAACGAACAGGUGUUCCUGGUGCUCCUGGUGCCGCUGAUCUGGAAGCCGCUUUGCGGCGUCUGACACCGGCCGAGGUGUUGGCGAGGCGUGCAUGUCUUAGUACAGGCGCAGGUUAUAAUUAUGAUUACGAUGGUGUUACGUUACAUUCCCCGUCAACUUUUUUACCGUUCGAUUGUCGUACUCCCGACAGUAUUAUGUCAACUGGCAGCUGCGGUAAUUUGAGCGGUUUUAGUGGCAAUAGCGGCAACGCUUGGCGUAUCCCACAGAAACUGCAAAUAGUUAAACCGAUGGAAGGUUCUCAGACGUUGCAUCAUUGGUCGCGAUUAGCGACGCCAACGCUAGGUGGAUUGCUGGAGGACAGGCCGGGUGUGAAGACCAGGGGUGGUCGCGCUCUCGAGGAUCUCGGUCUUAUUACAUUCACUCUAAGCGAUCUGGAAGAGGAUGAGGAAUACACAAAUCCCGGUAAACCUUUCCAGGAUACAGGUUCCAUUUACACAUUUACUAACAGCACCGUAAUGCAUCCGGACGAUCAUACUACUAGUAGCGUGACACCGAGUAUCGUUGGAAGCCGCGUCGCUUCUGCGCCCAACAGCGGUAUGAAUUCCGGGAUGAGCACUCCUCGCACGCAUAGUCGCCGCAAUUCAACGUCGACGUUCUCCACCACACUAGGACUAGCCAAAAUGCUGAAUGAAAGAGGAAUUAAAGCCGUUACGCCUUCGUGCGUAGGUACACCUACCGAUGAACGAAAUUUCUCGCCAACUGCUACACCGUGUAACAGCCCGGAUGCGAGUCUGUCGCCUACGAGGUCUUCGUCACCGCCGCCGUCACCGGACAGCAAUGCUUCUCUGACAUUGGGAUUGCUCAGCAGCGGAGCAGAAUUAUUGAGGCGUACCUUUAGUUACGAGGUGCCAACAGCGCAGUCUAAGAAGAAAAGAUCGAAGUCAACGAUUACGCGUACCGAGAAGAAAGCUCUCACGGGAAUACGUCUGGUCGAGAAAUUGGAAAGGAUCGGAAUUGAUACGAUUAUGGCUACUACGGUUAGCUCAUCAAUCUCGCCACUAGCUUUACAAGGUGCUCUGUACACGCGUCGCUCAACUGGAAGUCCAAUGGCACAACUGACUUUUCUUAAAACUUCCAUAUCCUCCAGUAUCAGCCAAGAGAAACUAUCUCCGUCGUCUUCAACAUCCUCCGCCAGUGAUGAGUUUCCGUCGGACAAAUCGCCAUUGCCGGGUAAACGAGAUAACAGCAAAGAGCCCGAAACUAGUGUGUCCGGUUCCAGUUUGGCAUUUAACUCGAGAGCAGUGGGUCAAUCGCCGGAUCGACAACGACGAUCGGGUGUUAAAGCGACGAGGCCUGAUCUGGGACGAGUUAAGCCACCAGUUUCAACGCCCGUUACUAAAGAAUCUACCAAACAAUCAGCAUUAGGAGCGAUAAGCUCACUUCUUUUUGGGCGUAAGGGCGGAUUACUGUAAAUUAUUAUUUUAUAGAGUCUGUAAAAAUGAGUAUUUAUUAAUUCCAGCGAAUUAAUUGUUAAUAGAAAUCUGCAAAAAAAAAUUCAUUUUGAUUAUAUUUUAUUGCAUGGUAUGCGCCUAUUUUUGAUUUUUUUCAAAUCUAUCGUGAUGAAUUAUAAAAAUAAAAUCAAAUAAUCUUGAUGAAUGCGAUAACUUAAAUAAGUUUUACAAUCAGGUUACUAUAUAUAUACUUUAUACAGUAAGCACACUUAUCUUAUUUUAAGUUUUAUUAUUAAAACUUAUAAUGAAUUAAAAAUGCAAAUAUAUAGAAAGACCGAUCUCUUAAACACACUUUGAAUAGCACAAAAAUAUGUUCUAAGAGCGUUUUUGAAUGGACGGAUUUUACUCUAUCCCAGAUCAAUUAAUCACUAUUUUAUUAUGAAUUCAAGUCUUUUAUUGGCAGAGAUGAUGUUAAUUAACCUUGAGAUCAAACUUACAUUCGAAAACGCUAUAAGUUCUAUGUUGUGACGAAUUAAAAAGAAACAGAUUUAUACAUGAAAAGCAUGUUUUGAUAAUUUGUGAUAAAUGAAUAAUGAAAAUGUGAAAAGAAAUCUAUGAAAGAAUAAAAAGAUAAGUGAGAUUCUGUAAGGUAUUAGCUCAGAAAUGAAGAUUAUUUUAAUUUAUGAUUGUGUUAUAAAAUCUUUGACUGUGUAUCUAUAGACUGCUAAUUGCUGCAUUCACACAUCUCAUAUUCCAGCAAUAUAACAAACUAAAAACUAAGUUUAUGCGCAUAGAUUGUGGUUUUCAAGAUUUAUAUUUAUAAAAUUAAAAUUUAAAAAAAAGAAAAAGAGAAGAGAAAGAAUUAUAAAAAUUAAUAUAAAUAUCUAAAUAUUUUUAAUAGAUAUUUAAUACUUUUAUGUUUAAAAAUCAGAAAAAAUAAUGGCUAUUAUUAUAGAAAACUAUUAUUUAAUAUAAAAAAGUAUAAUACAAUAUUUUAUAUAUACAGGGUAUAUAUAUAUAUAGAUAAUUUUUUUUUAAGUGAAAUUAUUGGCCAAAGAAUAUGAAAAACCUUCAGUUUUUAAUUUAUCUAAUUUAUAUAAAAUUAUUAUAUUUAUUUUUUUAUAUUAUCAAUAUUUAUAUUUGAUAAAUAUCUCUUAUAUUGAUAAGUAUCUAAAUCUUAUGCAGAUUUAAUACAUCAAAUAUCUACUACAUUUAAGAAUAUUUCAUUCAAUUUUGCUAUAAAUGCAAUUCUUUUAAUAUAUGCAGUCCAUAUUUAUACAGUUGAAGGUUGAAAAUAUAUAUUCCUAAUAGUAUAACGCGAGUUAUAAAUUAAAGGAGCUAUAUAUAAUGGCAGAAUAGUUAGUGAAAUGAAUAUCAUGUAUUUGAAAUUUGGAGUAAUGAUUGUGGAGAAUAAGUUAUUAUUACAUGGAUAUGAUAUAAAUAAUAGAAAGAAAGAAGAAUGCUGAUGAAUAUAAUGCAUCCUGCUACCACAUAUUUUACGCAAUUUAGCACAAAGUCAAUCAAGAGAGAGAGAGAGAAAGAGUUGGUGCUAAUUUAUUUUUUUUAGUAAAUACUUAAUGACAAAGUUGUAGUAUCAUCACUGCUAUUGUCAGUCUUUGCACAUAGAAGAUUGUGCAUUUAGCAUUGAUCAUCAAAUAUUGUACAUGUGUACAUAGUUGAAAUGUAGCAGGAUGGUAAAAGGUUUUUUUUUUCAUUAAAUAAUUUUCAUAACGCAGUAAUUUAUUGCAGCUUUUUAUUUUUUGCAAAUGGCGUUGAAUUUUAUGUAUGGAUUGCAACGUGUAAUAUAGAGAGAAGGGUUUUUUAGUUUGAUGCAGCUUUGUACAUAGAUGUACAAAUUAAUAAAUUCAAUUAGAAAAUAACGCUGUAUUGCUGUCCUACUAUUCGUAUUUUCGCUGGUAUCUCCUUAUGUUGUUUUGAUCAUUUAAAAGGCCUAGCUGGAAAAAUUAAGUGCAAAUAGUUACGUGCGUUAUUGUAAAUAGAACGAUUCAGAGGCGAUUGUGAAAAACAUCAUGUUUUACUGCAAUUACAUAUUAUAUACUAGUAUAUAAAGAAUGCAGUUUCAAUGAAAAUAUGUUUUAGCAUAUUCUGAUAAUUAUUUAUUCCUACAAGAUAGUGUUACAUAUUUUAGAGAUGUGAUUCCGAGAAAAAAUUCUUGAGCUUAUCUUGUUCAUAAAAAACGAGUUAUAUAGUACAUAAAAGAAGAAAAUUAGAUAUUCUGCAUGAAAGACUUAGAAUGUAUUAAAAAAUGCAUUUAGAUAGUUUGUAGAUCUCUCGUGAACAGCAGACGUAUCAUAUCUUCAUUACAGAAAAUAUUAUUAAGAAUCAUAGUAAUUGCGGUAAAAUCAAAUGAGUGUACGAUCAUUUAACGAAAUGAAUAACAAAGCAUUACAAUACACCGAUUUAAGUCAAUUUCCUAUGAAAACUGAUAAAAUCUAUAGAAAGUAUAGAUAUUGCAUAAAUGAUAUAAAAUAAGCAAAAUAUAAAAAUAAUGUGUAAAAAGUUACACUAAUAUAAUUCAUUGAGAGUUUUUACACAAUUAAAUAAAUCUGGUAAUAUACAUACACCAAUAGAUUUUACACUUCAGUUUUCACAGUAAACGGACAAUAUAUAUAAUAUAAACGCGAUGUAUUUUACGAACAAAACAAGAGUAAAUUAAUUUUCAUUAUCAUAAAAAUUGAAAAGAUGUGCGUUGUUUCAACAAAGAAUGUCACUAUGGGAGAAAUACGAUUAUUAAAGCUAAAUAAGAUGUCAAUGUAUUACUAUGUGUGAUCCUGUACACUGAUAUCUGUUAGAUUUACUAUAAAUAAUGAGGCCUUAGUACCUGUUCGGCUUUUGUUCGAUGUCUGAUAUUUUAUUUCAGAUUGUGAUAUCUUUAUGUUCGGCAUGUACUUGAAUUUCACGUACUUACCAACGGUUUGCGUUGAUUUAUUCGAUUAUGUUUACGACAGGAAGCCAUUUACAGAAGGUGCAAUGUAAUCAUUUUAAACAGUAGAGAUAUGUCGUACCUCCAAAUUGAACAAUAAAUAUAUUUAAGUAUUAA